AUGCAACAUCAGCUUAAUAGUUGUUUUAUGCCUAAAAAUAGAAUCAUGAAAUAUAUAUAUUCGUUAUUUGUACUUAUUAUCUUAUUGACAUCGAUAGAAUCUAUCAAAACUGAUGAAAAUGAUGACAUCAGUGAUAACAAAUACAAUCACAGUGAACGUUUACACCAUUAUCCUUCGAAGAAUAACAUAACUUAUCAAUCUAACAAUUACAAUGACGUUUCAAUACAACGCACAAAUACUAAACGAAAAGAAAAUAAUCCUAAUGGGAAUUAUGAACAAAAUAGAAAAUCUAUUCGAUCUAGACAUGAUGGUUAUGCACGUAGAAAUGGUAAAAUUCGAUCUUGUGGAAACAGUGUCAGAGGUGGAAGUUAUUCAGAAAGUACAUAUUUUACAUUACACGCUGGAACGGAUAAAUAUGGUCGACGACAUGAUGAUUCACAAUUCCAAUCACGUGGAAUGUCCAAAGGUUAUCGUGGUAGUACAUUUAUUAACGCUUUCAAUUUAUUCGGUUAUAUAAAAAGUAAACAAUAUCAUAUAAAAACAACUCAAUCAAAACGAAGAGAUAAAUACAUGAAUAAACGUGUUCUGUAUCCCGACAAUUCCAAUGUCAAAAUGAAACAGAAAAUGAAACGUCCCGAAUUAUCAGUUUACAAAGGUGAAAGCAGAUCAUUGGGGAAAAAUAUUACUCAUCGUUAUAGAAACUCGAGCAAUGCAUCACUUCCAUUAUCCAGUAGAUAG